GAGCUGAAAGUCCUGUCCUCUUAUCCAAGUCACCAUCAUGGCUACAACAUUGUAGUUCCAUGUACUAAUCCAGCUUCUAAGCCUUAACUGUUAUACUCCUUGCAUUGAAAUAAAUACAAUUCUCACUGCCUGUCCUGCUGUGUUCAUUAACCUGGCAUGCCUGUUCUUUCUAUUAGACUUAAAACUCUAGCUUUGGCUGUUUAUUAGCUUUAUUUAUUAUCUUCUGCAUGUUUGACUAUUUUCUGAUAAUCAUGCCUCCAAGGCCUUUCGAAGUUCUACAUUUUUUACACUUUUUCACAAGUUUCUUGGUACUUAUUCAAUUUCUGUUUAAGAGUUCAUUUUCUUAUUAUUAAUUUUAACAUUUACAUUUCUUCAUUAAAUUGAUCCUUUGCAUAGAUGUCAAUGUGGGAACACUGCCACAAGACCAUUCACAUUCCCGGAUCGUCCUCCAAUAUCGCUUAAGGCAGCUAAGACAAGUAAUGAAUCAGGCUUCAUCAGACUUAUCACAGGCACUGAACAAUAGAAAGUUUUCAAUCGAAAAUAAAACAGAAGAAUUUCAAUGGAUCAUGAAGAGUGUCAUAAGACAUCUGCUUGACAGAAGAAUUGCUGCAGGUUAAAGGGUCACAAAUCAUGCGCCUGUCACAAGAGGCUUUGCAUGAUUGUUUUUCCCUUAGUGAGGCCUUUAUUAGGAAUCCUUGCAGACUAUCAGAUUUCCGUUGAAUCGAAGCAUUCACGUUAGUUUUAAACGGACCUGGCAGCGAAGUUUGAAUCUUUCAGUUUUUAAGGUGGGUUACUGGCGUUUCAGGAAGAUGUGGAGAUCUCUCUGGCUGUGGAUGACGCUCGGGGUUGUUGAACUGGCUUUUGCUCAGUUUCCCCGCGCAUGUACCACAGUCCCUGCCCUGCUCUCCAAGACAUGCUGCCCAUCGCAGGGCUCGGAUCCGGCAGUGUUGUGCGGGGCUGAACUCAAUCGAGGGAAAUGUACUGACAUGCAAGUAAGUGAGAAACCCUGGAGUGGACCCUACAAUCUGCGAAACGUGGAUGACCGGGAGAGGUGGCCGCUCAAAUUCUUUAAUCGGACCUGCAGAUGUCUGGGAAAUUUUGCUGGGUAUAACUGUGCUGAUUGCAAAUUUGGAUGGACUGGCCAAAACUGUGACCUGAGAAGAGCACCAGUGAUUAGAAAAAAUAUCCAUUCUCUGACACCAGCAGAGCAACAGCAGUUCCUGGAUGCACUGGAUCUAGCCAAAACUACAAUGCACCCUGAUUAUGUAAUUGCUACACAACACUGGCUUAGUUUGCUAGGACCUAAUGGGACUCAACCACAAGUAGCAAAUGUCACAAUAUACAAUUAUUUCGUGUGGCUUCAUUACUACUCCACCAGAGACACACUGCUGGGACCUGGUCAGGCAUUUAAAGCUAUAGAUUUUUCUCACCAAGGUCCAGCUUUUCUUACCUGGCAUCGAUAUCAUUUAAUGUUGCUGGAGAAAGAUUUACAGAAUCUCAUAGGAAAUGAUUCAUUUGCAAUUCCAUAUUGGAACUUUGCCACAGGAAGUAAUGACUGUGAUGUCUGCACAGCAUCUUUGUUGGGAUCCAUGCGCCUUGAUGACCUGACAUUAAUCAAUCAAAGUUCCAGGUUCUCUCAGUGGGAGAUUGUGUGCAAUAGUUUGGAUGAUUAUAACCGCUUGGUCACUCUCUGCAACGGAACAAAUGAAGGUCCAAUAAGGAGGGGCUUCUUGGGAAAGAGCGGGAUCCAAUUGCCAAGCAUGGAGGACGUUCGCCAGUGUAUGUCUAUUGAAGAAUUUGAUACACCACCUUAUUUCCAGAAUUCUAAUUUCAGUUUCAGAAAUGCACUUGAAGGAUUUAAUACACCCGAUGGCCACUCAGGCACUGGCAAAGUUCAAAGUCUUCACAAUCUGGUUCAUUCUUUUUUGAAUGGAACAAAUGGAUUUCCACACUCUGCAGCAAAUGAUCCACUUUUUGUGGUGCUCCAUGCCUUUAUUGAUGCUGUUUUUGAAGAGUGGAUGAAGCAAAACAGCCCCGCAAUGAGCUCUUGGCCAGAGGAGAUGGCACCGAUUGGCCACAACAGGCAAUCUAACAUGGUGCCAUUUUAUCCACCUGUGACCAAUGAGGAACUGUUUGUAUCAUCAGCUGAUCUUGGUUAUUCGUAUGAAAUUGAAUUGUCAGAAUUUAAUAUUUCCUUGGGUACCAAGCUAGCUGCGACCAUCAGUGGAAUCUUGCUGGGCCUUGUCCUGUUUGCUGUACUGCUGAUGCUAAUUCUGCAACGACGAAAGAAUAGGGGUUUUGAACCUUUGUUAAGUUCAGAAUUUUCCAACAAGAUGUACACUGAAGAAGCUUAGUUUAUGCAACAGUUUGUUACUAUUAAUCUUUUAUCCCUUUUGCAAUGUUGUUUUGUGUCAGCAGUGCUAUAAUGUAAGAUCAUAUAAUACCAAUGUAUGUAUAAGCUGAUGAAUUUGUAUUUGAUUCUUAGCAUGAUCUGUUUUAUCAAUGAUGAGAAAAUAACUGAUUUGUCAGUUGGGAAGAAUAUGCUGUUUUUGUUGUCUGACAUGAUGAUACAUGAUUUAGAGCUUUUUAGGAUGUAAUGGGCAAGGUUUGCUGCUGUGGCUUUUGCUGGGCAGCUUUUUAAAAUGCAGAUUAGAUCUUUGAUUUUCAAAAUAUUUUCAAAACCAAAAUAUAGCUGCAAUAAGAAUGAAAUUCUAAUUCAUUUUCUAUAUUUCCAAUUUAUGAUACUGUUAUGACUAAGGUUAUAGGAAUGAACUGUCUUUCUGUAGUUCCACACAUCACAACAUAGAUUUUAAUGUUUAUCUGGUUACCGAUAUGUUCAAUUAUAUACUUCACUAAUUUCAGAAUGUAAAAGAAAAUUCCAUCAACCAGGUUUCUUUUAUAUUAACAAAAUUAUUGAAUUAUUAUAAGACUCAUUCAACAAAGGUGCAAAGCUGGUUAACACAUACUUUAAAAUUCGAAAGAUUAAAUAUUAAGCCUUUCAAGUAACCUUACACAAAUUAAGUUUCUCAGCUAAUACCAAUUUUUUUAAAAAACUUUGCAUAAUUGCUCAUUUGUAAAAGAAGAAAAUAAGAUGUGAUCUGUUCCAGGUGAUAUUUGGUUUGGGGUUAAGACACAAGUGCAUAGGUGUCACUAGACCCGUGUGGUUGUUAUUUUCAGAAGCAACUCGUUCAGGAGAUAUUGAAAUAAAGUCUUCUAGAAGCUUCUCAGGAGAAUGGCUACAACAGAUUUUCCAGCUCUCCCACAUGGCACUCAAAAAUGCUUUUCCCAAAAAAAGUUGGGAAAGGAUGUCUCAGUUGGCUUUUCGAUUAACAGGCUAUACCAACUGCCUUUUUGGAAUAAUAUGCAAAACACAACUCAGAAAUAACUGACAAUCAUAAUCCCUGACAUGUAACGUCCCUGUUCAUAUAUUCAAGUAGUUCCAGAAUCCAUAAGAAUCUGAUUGUUUGCUUAGCUCAAUUGUCUUUCCCAAUAAGUGCUUGAUGGAAAAGUCAAAAGUGUCCUUUUCAGUGAUUUUUUUUUAAAAAGAUAAAUCCAGCCAACUCCAUAGUCUUCUAAAUGACUCAAUUUUUACAAUAUUUUAACCCUGAGUCUUAAAAAAUUUUGAUAACCUUCAUAACAAUAGGUGCUUUAAAAAUAAACAUAUAGCAGACAUUAAUCCAACACAUUAUUCCAACUUAUGUGCAAGUUCCUUUGUCUCAUGUACUGUGGUGAGAUUAUAAAAAGUUGUUUCUCGGAAAUGUGUCAGUUUUAUGAUCCAUAGUGUAACUCAACAUACUGCCAAUAAAUGAAAUUC